AUGGCGUCAACGAUUCUUCCUGAUAUUGUUGACCCUCUAAAUCAAGUUAAUGAUCAUCAGGAAGAAUUACUCUCGUAUUCUCAACCUUGUUUUUUUAAUUCAGAUGAUAAAGAAAGUGAUAUGGAAAUUGAUUAUAUGUAUGCCCCAUUUGGUCGUCCUCCUUCAAGGUUGGGUCGUCAUUCCGAUUCUAUGGGUUCUAGUUCUAAAAAAUCAAGAAGAAAAUCUUCUACAACUUCUUUAACUAGAUUAAAAGUUGAUAAUUCUUUCUUAAAAAAUCAAAAUAUUAAACUUUUAUUAGAACUUGAACAUUCUAGAUUAACUAUUCAAGCUUUAAAAAAUAUCGUUAAUCAAAAAGAAUCUACUUUACAAUCUUUUCGUAAUGAAAAUCAAAAAGCUAUAUUAAAAAUUAGAGUAUUGGAGGCUUUAAUAUUUAGUAAACAUGCAAAGGAUGGAAGUGUAAUCGUUAGGAGUGGUGGCGGUGGCUGUGUAAACGAAAACGGGUUAUCAACAAGUGAUAAAAUUGUAAAUCAUGAUAUAAAUCAUGAUAUAAAUCGUCAUACAAAUCUUGUUGAGAAUUCCGAUCUACCUGCUUCAUAUCAAGAUAAACAACAACAACUUAAUAAAAAACCUAAAGAAAAAUUAUCUAAAAAGGAAUCUUCUCAAUUUAUUAAAAAUCCUUCCCCUCCUCCUUCUCCUCCUUCUUCUCCACCUUCUUCUUCCUCUUCUCCUCAACAAUCUUCUCAAUCUUCUCAAUCUUCAAUAUUUCGUCCUCAAUCCAUAUUAUCUUCUAUAC